AUGGUUUCAGGAAUACGCUUCAUACGCAUAAAUAAUAACAACCCUUUCUCUGUGAAGGGUCGAGUUUAUUGUGACCCUUGCCGUUUUAGUUUUGAGAGCCUUGCCACCACAUACAUUGCUGGUGCGGAGGUUAUUUUACAAUGCAAGGACAGGAUCACAAAUGACAUUGUUUUCAGCAAACAAAGCCAAACUGAUUCAUCAGGAGCAUAUACAAUAAAUGUCGACGCAGAUUUUGAAAACCAAGUUUGUGAUGUGAAGCUUUUAAGCAGUUCACAAGAUGAUUGCAAAGAACCUGCGUUAGGUCGUGACCAAUCUCGUGUCAUACUCAACCGUUUCAAUGGCAUUGCCACCAAUGAUAGGUUUGUUAACAACUUGGGUUUCAUGAAGAAUGAAGCUUUGUCGGGUUGUGCCGAUAUUCUAAGGAAGUACUACAAAUUCGGUUCUAAGAAUUAG